UGAGAGGUGAGGAGUGAGGAGUUGAAGAGUGUUUAAGCCGGAGCUUUAAUCUGAUUCCAGAGUCUAUAAUUAACUCAACAGGAGCAGAGACACAGUCCUCUCAGCCCUGGACACUGUCUCCAGGACGGGUCUCCAGGACACUGUCUCCAGGACACUGUCUCCUCUCCAGGACACUGUCUCCAGGACGUGUCUCCAGGACAGUGUCUCCAGGACAGUGUCUCCUCUCAGCUCCAGGACAGGUCUCCAGGACAUUGUCUCCAGGACAGUGUCUCCAGGACAGUGUCUCCUCUCAGCUCCAGGACGUGUCUCCAGGACGUGUCUCCAGGACAGUGUCUCCAGGACGUGUCUCCAGGGACCAACUCUGAGAUCGAUGGACGCUUCGUCUCAGCCGUCCUCUCUGGACCAGGACCUUCCUGUCUCAGAUGGACCCACUCCAGAGGACCUGGGUCCAGUCCACCAGAGUCCGACUGGAGCUGAUGAUGAGGACAAACCAGGAGGAGGUCCAGGACUGACCCGGGCCAAUCAGGACGGGGCCGGGGAGUCAGGUGAUGGAGUACCAGCGCUGGUGGUCACUGAGGUCGAGGAGAGACCAGCCCGGGUCCAGGACCCAGAGAGACCGGUGGAGGUGGAGGUGGAGCAGGAGCUGAGCCUCAGUGAUGGAGGAGGAGACCAGACCUGCUGUGACCUCCUGUCUCUGAGGAGCGACUCCUUAUCUCUGACCAGCGAAGCCACCGUCUCCAGGAGGAGUGAAGAGGAUGAUACGAGGAGCGUCACUGCUUCCUCUGUCACGUCUCUGUUCCACAGGGUGCAGCUGGAUCCGGUGGAGAGGUCCUGGUGGAGGAGCUCCGCUCUGGGGAACACGUCGUCCCAGCGCCAGCUUCUGUCUCUGGAGCCCAGUCUGGUGCUGAAGAAGGAUUUCAUCUCUGGGACGGCGCUGCACUGGGCGGCCAAGCAGGGACGUCAGGAUGUGGUCGACAUGAUGCUUCGCUCUGGAGCCGACGUCAACGUCAGAUCGCAUGGUUACACGGCGCUCCACCUUGCCUCCAUCCACGGACACCAGGAUGUUGUCAGAACCCUGAUCAACUCCUACAAUGCUAAAACCACCAUCAGAGAUUAUCACGGGAAGACGGCCGUCCACUACUGGAGCGGCUGCAGAGAUGUCUUCAUCCGAGAAGACGCUCCAGCAGGUGGGCGGUUGUGUCGUGGUCGGUGGACCCAGCGUUACGUUCUUCCCUCGCUCCUGUCUCGGUCUCGUAGUCAGGGUCAACUCCGUCUGGACUUUGGGACGUUGCCUCCGUCCACGUCCCAUGAUGCUCUGGACCUGCAUGUUUGACUCGUCUUGCUGGAGACACAUCCCCUGGGAAUCUUAUGGGAUUAGAACCAUUUACAUUGAGGACAAAGGUCUCACUGAACUGUAUUUUCGUGUUUCUCUGUAGACGAAGUGAAACAGUUUUAUUGUCUGUGGAUCAGGAGCUGGUGGCUUUCACUGAAAUAAAGACGU